ACCUGAGCUGCUUAUUCGCAAAGGGGAUUUUAAACGUAGAGAGAAUGGAAAGUUGUGUACAAGGCAAUGGGCAGAGCUGCUGCUAGCUGAGAGCCUGGCAUAACAACUGGCAGGGGGCAACAAGACUGGCACAGCUGGGAGAAUAAGGAGGAAAAAGGGCACUCAAGAGUUAACUGGGACUCCUCCAGGGGGAAUAUCAAGAGUCCUGAAGGUGCCUCACUGGAGACUGAGAUGGCCUCUGCCACUGAUCCAAGAUUUGGACAUCGAGAUGCUUCGGACCAGAACUUUGACUAUAUGUUCAAACUGCUGAUCAUCGGGAAUAGCAGCGUGGGGAAAACCUCCUUUCUGUUCCGAUACGCGGAUGACACCUUCACAUCUGCUUUCGUCAGCACUGUGGGAAUUGACUUCAAGGUUAAGACCGUGUAUCGAAAUGAUAAGAGAGUGAAGCUACAGAUCUGGGACACAGCUGGACAGGAAAGAUACCGGACCAUCACCACAGCUUAUUACAGAGGGGCCAUGGGGUUCAUACUGAUGUAUGACAUCACCAAUGAGGAGUCUUAUAAUGCUGUGCAGGACUGGGCGACCCAGAUCAAGACCUAUUCCUGGGACAACGCGCAAGUUGUUUUGGUGGGAAAUAAAUGCGAUAUGGAGGAUGAGAGGGUGAUAGCGCCAGAAAAAGGGAAGCACCUUGCUGAUCAACUUGGAUUUGAGUUUUUUGAGGCGAGCGCCAAAGAGAACAUACAGGUGAAGCAGGUCUUCGAGCGCCUUGUAGAUAUCAUCUGUGACAAAAUGUCGGAGAGUCUGGACAACGAGCAUUCGGCAGCCAGCGGUGGGAAGAACAUGCGCUUUACAGACUCUGCGGCCCCCAUACAGCAAAAAUGUUCAUGUUAAUCCAUCUCUCCUGGAGCACAGCUGGAACUCUGCAACGUGUUGCUGUUUCCGCUGACUAUUUGGUAAAACAUUGCCAACCAAUGCCGGGGGAUCAGAUCUGAACCAACAAACCAUUCUUACCCCCUUCAUGACGAUGGCGCCGGAUACAAGGUGGAAUCUGAUUCUCCAAACCAGAAAAUCCGCCAGAAUACGGCCACUGCCCCAUAAGUAGAAACAAUGGGAGAUUCUCUUAAUAAGUAAUUGUAUGGAAAAGUGACCACUGUCCUGUGUGUGGUGUAAUUGUGUGACUCAGGCUUAGUUUCGGAACCAUGUACGGUACUUGUGUUUUUAUGACCAGAUGUCUACAAUGGUGUGCUUUUUUUUUUUUUUUUUUAAAUGUCCUAGAAAUGUAAAUAUAUAAAUAUAUUUCUGUCUUAAAUCCACAAUAAAGUUAUUUGUU